AUGCAGAGUGCUCGGAGCCUGCACCGAAAUGAUGAGCGCCUCAUAAUCCACUUCGACUACGACUGCUUCUACGCGUCGGUCGUCGAGAAUGAAAACCCCGCGCUGAAAUCGGUGCCGUUGGCCAUCCAGCAGAAACAGAUCGUGGUGACGUGCAACUAUGAAGCGCGGCGACGAGGUCUUCGAAAGUUGCAGCUCAUCACCGAAGCCAAGAAAGUCUGCCCGGAAGCUGUCAUCGUCCUAGGCGAGGAUUUGACGCGAUUUCGUGACGCUUCCAAAGAGCUGUACAGUUUCCUACGGGAGUCCAUAUGGAGUGGGAGAGCAGAACGAUUGGGCUUCGACGAAGUCUGGCUAGAUUGCAGCGACAUGGUGGACUACAACAUGGGCUUGCUCAAUCGCCACGACCUCGCCCACUCCUUUUUUUGCCUGAGCAAGGAUGAUCCUACCAUUGGCUUCGAGUACGACGCAUCCAGUUUUUUCGGACCUACCUAUCCCUCAAAAGGCACUCUCCAGGUCUCGGAGCAGGACGAGGGACUGCGACCGCGCCUGGUGCUUGGAAGCCACCUUGCUCGGCACCUUCGCCACGAGCUGGAGUCUCAGAAGGGGUACACGGCAACUGUUGGGAUUGCUACAAACAAAUUGCUGUCGAAGUUGGUGGGCAAUGUGAACAAGCCUAAAAACCAGACCACCAUUGUGCCGCCUUAUCAUCCGGUGGGUGACCUUGAAGCGACAGUCACCCAAUUCCUUGAUGGGCACGACAUUGGUAAGAUACCAGGAAUUGGAUCCAAGCUGGCCCACAAAAUCCGCGGUUACGUCCUUGGUAGAGACGCAGCUUUCUCCGAAGGGCUGGUAUAUGGAGCAACAAAGGAAUCCGUUACAGUGCUCGAUGUUCGCACGUAUCCUGGAAUGGGACCUGGGCUGCUGGAGGAGAUCCUCGGUACUACGGGCUCGCCAAGGGGGAUUGGUGGAAAAGUCUGGGAGCUCAUUCACGGCAUCGAUGACACAGAAGUCGGCAAGGCCAAGCGUGUUCCGUCCCAGAUCAGCCAGGAGGACUCAUAUAUGAAGUACUUACACACCUUCGACGAAGUCAAGAAACAGCUGCAGUUGCUUGGUGAACGCCUCAUCCGGCGCAUGCAAAUGGACCUUCUCGAGGAUGAAGACGAUGGCGAAGACACUGGCCCAGACCCCCGACGUCGUUGGAUGGCUCACCCACGUACUUUACGGCUGUCAACCAGACCCCGUCCUCCGCCGGGACCAGAUGGCGUGCGAGCCAGGACGUUCAAUCGCAUUUCGCGAUCAGCUCCGAUGCCCAACUAUGUGUUCAAUCUCAAUGAGCCAGCCACGGCUCUCGCUACCAGACUGGUUGAUGAGGCACUGGUCCCAAUGUUUCGGAAGCUUCAUCACGAGAAGACUGGCUGGAAUUUGAGCUUGAUCAAUAUCGCCGCGACGAACAUGGCAGAGACCGCGGCCGAGAGCAAAGACAGUGCCGGCCGCGAUAUUGGGAGGAUGUUCCGGCGGCAGGACGAGGUAUUGAAAGACUUCAGAAUCACGGAUCAGCCGAACUACGCCACAGCGGUCGUGCCUCAAAAGUCACCGGAACAGAUAUCGACUGAGGCUGGGGACGAAGCGCUUGCGGCUGAUGGGUGGGACACGGAAGACAGUGACCGCGAAGCUUGGGAACGGUGCGAGUCCUGUCAAAGCAUCAUGCCGGCGUACGCCUUCACCGCCCAUCGGAGAUUUCACGAGUUAGGUAGUUAG